AUGAAAAUUACACAUACUUGUCCUGGUGGCAGAUCAGUGUGUCCGGACUCAGCAACUUGUUGUCUAACUGAUGCUGGUAUUUAUGGUUGUUGUCCGGUGAUGGAUGCAGUCUGCUGCGACGACCUUAUUCAUUGCUGCCCUCCUGCUACGAAAUGUGAUAUGGUACACGGACAAUGCUUACAGAACGAAGUCUCAGUACCUCGGAAGAAUAAACAAACCGACCAUUUGACUAAGGAAACAAGCAUCAAAAACAGGCAGCUUUUGAGAACAUUCAACGAUGGAAAUAACUCAUACAUUGCUUCCCACACCUGAAGUGAUUUUCUCUCAGUGGCUCCAAGUUGAAUAUCAUCGAAUGUUUUUCGUAAACUUUUUUCAUUUCAAACUUGAAUAAAAGGCAGUUCUUAUCAAAAACAAAAUUAUAGUUGCGAAGAAAUGCAUGGUGGAUCCUGAUGAUAAACUAAUACUGCGCGAAAAGUUGGUGGAAUAAUCCGUCCACUAAACUUGGAAGUUCAUAUUGCGACGUUGCUGAAGUUGGCAGUGAUAUUGCUGUUGUUUCGUGAUACGUGUUAUCUUCAUCAACAGAAUGGUAAUAAAUUGCCGCAGGAGGCUGCAAAAUAGAUAAAGGCGACUUGACGAUUGACGAUGGAAAUAGUUGAAAAUUUUUGAUAAUCUAAAAUUUGUUUUUCAAGGUAAAACAUAUCUC